AUGGGAAAGACAACGUACUGCCAUAAGCUUGUUUACGACUGGGCCACAAAGAAAAACAAAUCAGGAGGCUGUUCCCCGGAUUUUCAGUUAGUUAUAUUACUACGAUGCCGCGACAUUGACGAGGAGUCCAACCUUAGGGAUGCUAUUGAUGACCAGCUCCUUCCUCGUGGAAUUCAGUCAGAGGAUAGAGAGAAAUUCAUGAAGUACGUUCAAAACAACCAGUCAAAGGUUUUAAUGGUACUGGAGGGUUUGGAUGAGUUACCUAAAAGCAGACUACCGGAGUUCAUUGCUGAAAUCAUUCAGGGUAGAAUGCUUCCCGGUUGUCACUUGGUAGUUACAGCGCGACACGAGGCUGCGAUACCUGUGAGAAAAGUCUGCGAUACUCUUCUGGAGAUUGAGGGAUUCAAUCCUGAAGAUGUAAAAAACUUCAUAUUGAAAUACUUCAAAGGCAAGAAUGGUUUGUCCAGAAAGCUAUUAGACAAGCUGGAGAGCGAUAGUAGGCUCAGAGAGAUGUCGACAAAUCCUCUUAACACUGCACUACUUCGUCUUCUUUGUGAAGAUUUUGAUGGUGUUUUACCUGAAGGAAGAACUCAACUGUACUUACAAAUAGUGCUAUGUGUUCUUAUGAGAUACAGGGCAAAGAAGGGCCUACCAGAAGAUAAUACAGACCUAACUGAACUAUACAAAGAUCAGUUGAAACACCUUGGCUUGAUAGCACUAAACGGGCUACAUGAGGAAUGCAUGUACUUUGGUAAAAAGCAACUUGGACAACAACAUAGUGACCUACCUGGAUUCGGAUUUCUUUGGGUUCAGCCCGGAAGCAAACUACGACCGUUCGAUGAGUGUUACGGCUUUACGCAUAAGAGUUUCCAAGAAUUUUUUGCGGGACAUUAUCUUUGGUGCCAGCUUGUUAGCCAAGAAAUCACCCCUCAAACAUUAGUCUGUGAGGCAAGAUAUUUCCGGAAUAUGCGACAGGUGCUACUAUUUAUCUAUGGUUUGCUUGCCUUGCGAUCCGAAGAAAGUGUAGGAGCACUUAUAAGCGCCAUAGCGAAUGAAGUCAACAAAGGAGAUUUAACUGAAUUGUUGCCUGUUGCACUGGAGUGUAUUAAAGAGUGUAAAAAGGGAGGCAGUAAUCUUCACUUACAGCUUGCACGUACCUUUGGCUCAUGUCUGACGGUGGAAAAAGCUUAUCUAGGGGGAGAACGGAUUGAUGUUGUUGCUGCUGAAGUGCUUGGUGCCGCACUUGAAACAAACACAACUCUGACAGAUUUGAGUUUGUCUCUCAAUAACCUUGGUCCUGAUGGUGCUAAGUCACUUGCUGACAUGCUUAAAACAAACACAAUUCUAACAGAUUUACAUUUGUCUGCCAAUGACCUUGGCCCUGCUGGUGCUGAGUCACUUACUGCGGCACUUGGGAAAAACACAACUCUAAAAAAUUUGGAUUUGUCGGCUAAUGAACUUGGGCCUGCCGGAGCUGAGUUCGUUGCUAUGGCGCUUGAAAAAAACAGAACUCUUAGAGCACUUUGUCUGGUAAUAACCUUGGCUCCUCUAGUGCGGAUUCACUUUCCACCGCCCUUAAAACAAACACAAGUCUCACGGCGUUAAAUUUGUCUGGUAAUAACCUUGGUCCUGUUGGUGCUCGUUCAUUUGCUGCUGCACUGAAAAUGAACAAAACUCUGACGGAGUUGAAUUUGUCUGGCAAUAAUAUUGGUCCUACUGGUGUAGAGUCACUUGCCGCCAUCCUUUGUGUUGCUGGUGGGGAGUCAGUGGCUGCCAACCUUACAACAAACAAAACUCUAACAAAUUUGGAUUUGUCUGCCAAUUACCUUGGUCCUGCUGGUGCUGAGUCACUUGUUGCUAUGCUAAUAACAAACAAAACUCUGAUCAAUUUGGAUUUGUUUACCAAUGGCCUUGCUCCCGCUGGUGCUGAGUCACUUGUCGCGGCGAUUGAAACAAACACAACCCUGAAAGCACUGAAUUUGUCUCGCAAUAACCUUGGUCCUACUGGUGCUGAUUCACUUGCUGCCGCGCUUGAGAUAAACAAAAGUCUGACGGAGUUGAAUUUG